AUGCCUCCAACAACAGCACUCUCAUCGCCUCUCCUCUGGAGAUGUCCGCAAUGCACGAUUCGAACGCUUUCAACAUCAGCUCGACAGCUGGCCGUCGGCCCAGAGCAUCCCAAAUACAUUGAAGUCCCCGAGCCGCCGCAGCAGAAUCUACCAUACUCUCCGCGUGUCAAAGGUGUCCUACCCGUACCCCGCGACAUCUUUGCCGGCAAGACAAGAGAUCAGUCCGAUAGCAAGGCCAUUGCAGAGGCCACGCGGCGACCACGCAAAGCACGAGCUCCACUGGAGGGCACCAGGGAGGAAUGGAAGGUCAAGAUGAGCGAGGUUCGGCGACGGAACUUACGCGAAGGAUUGGAAAGCUUGCGGAGCCGUCACCAGACCGAGAAGAAGCGCAUGAGCGACAAGUCGCUCGCAAGGCAGCGGGAACGUGAGGAGCUGCUCGCAAGACCAGAAAGGGAGGACGAGCGUUUGACUGCGCCCAGUACCAGUUUGGACCUGCAAGCUCUGCUCCAUGGGACUGUUCCCGACCCUACAAGACGCCAGCGGUUGGCCAUGAAGCGCAUCAAUGUUGAGACAAAAGCAGCGGAGAAACAGCAAGAGCGACUAGACGCAUUACAUACCCUCUACAUGAACGCCCGAUCGUUCAUCGUAACACCCGAGCAGCUGGACAAGGCGGUGGAUGAGGCAUUCGGCACACAGGAGAAUCCGAAAAGAUUUGGAAGUACUCAUAUGGGUCCCAGUGGUGCUCUCUCGAUCUGGGGAGAAGGCAGACCGGAGCGCGUCCAGGAUAUGCUCAACGCAGCGAACGGCGUUAAGUCAAGAUCUGCCAUGGACAGCACCAGCAAGGCUUUGGAGACCAGCAAGAAUCGCAUCAAUACCAUUGCGGAAGUGUUUACCGGCGGCAAGAUGGACAAGGAGGCCAGGGAUUAA